AUGCCGUGCGCCGGCAAUGCGCAGCAGAUGUGUGGUGGACCCAGUCGCUUGAGUGUCUACAACAAUACCUCGCUGUCCCCUCCCGGUGCGAAGGCGAUCAUAGCGGGCUACACUUACCAGGGAUGUUUUACAGAUCCUUCCGCGGCUCAGCGCACUCUGCAAGGGUACAGCACCUCCAAUUCCACGUCCAUGACGCAGGAGUUCUGUGUCUCGGCCUGCCAGAUCAGAGGCUAUAAAUACGCUGGUGUCGAGUUUGGCAGGGAAUGUUAUUGCUCGAACCAACUUGGCACCGUGAGCAAUGGGGGUAAAGGGGCGUCGGCACCAGAGGGGGAUUGUUCCAUGCUGUGCACGGGUGAUGGUAACGAGUUUUGUGGCGGGAGUGCGAGAAUCGGCGUUUGGAUGAGCGCUGCUUGA